AUGGAUCGUGACCUGGAGCUCAAUUUCCUCACCAUCAAGGAAGACAGCCUGCAGCAGGACAGCAUCUACCCCAUGCACACCACCAUCAUCAGUAGUGGCGGCGGCGAUGCAUACCACGACGAGCCGCAGCGGGUGGAGAGCCAGUCGACGCGGCGAAACCGGCUGGCGGGCGUGGGCGGCGGCCGUCUCGAGCGGCGGCCGUCGUUUGGCGUCGGUAGUGGGGGUGAGCGGCGGCAGAGCACGCUGUCGCGCUGGAUGGACUCGUUCCGCCGCGAUCCGAGUCAGCGCGGAAUACCGAUGAGGCCGAAUCCGGCGACAGGGCCGGCGGGGAUGCGGCGAACAGCAGCGAGCGGCGGUGGGGUCCAUGGUGAUGGAGGCGGCGGGAUUCUCGGUGGCUCCGGCCUCGAGGCCUAUCCGAUGCAUCCCAUGAUGGAAGACUAUCCCGGCAGCGGCCACUUUUUCGACAUGCGUGGCGCCAACAUGGCGACGGCCAACUCGGGGCUGUCGCGCGAUCUCAAGGGCCGCCACCUGCAGAUGAUUGCCAUCGGCGGCUCCGUCGGCACCGGUCUGUUUGUGGCCUCGGGCAAGUCGCUGUCGCAGGGCGGCCCGGCAUCCGUGCUGAUCGCCUACUGCUUCAUCGGCUUCAUGCUGUACUGCACCAUGCAUGCGCUCGGCGAGCUGGCCGUGGCCUUUCCCGUGGCUGGCUCCUUCUCCGCCUUCUCGACCCGUUUCCUGGAUCCGUCGUGGGGCUUUGCCAUGGGUUGGAACUAUGCGUUGCAGUGGAUCAUCGUGCUGCCACUCGAGAUAAUAGCGGCAUCCAUGACGGUGGCGUAUUGGAACGCCGAUCUGAACAAGGCCAUCUUUGUGACCAUCUUUCUGAUCGUCACCGUGGGCAUCAACAUGUUUGGCGUCAAGGGUUAUGGUGAGGCCGAAUUUGUGUUUGCCAUUAUCAAGGUGACUGCCAUUAUCGGGUUCAUAAUUCUCGGCAUCGUCAUCAAUAUCGGCGGCACCCCAACCGAAGGCUAUAUCGGCGGCAAGUACUGGCACCAUCCAGGCGCAUUUCACAAUGGCUUCAAGGGCCUGUGCUCCGUGUUUGUGACGGCGGCCUUUGCGUUUGCGGGCACCGAGCUCGUGGGCCUAGCAGCGGCCGAGACGCAGAACCCGCGCAAGAGCCUGCCGACGGCCAUCAAGCAGGUCUUCUGGCGCAUCUCGCUCUUCUACGUGGUGGCGCUGACGCUGGUCGGCCUGCUGGUGCCGUACGACGACGCGCGGCUAUCAGGCGCCAAGAGCAUCGCGGACGCGACCGCGUCACCCUUUGUCAUUGCGAUUGAGAGCGCCGGCAUCCAGGUGUUGCCGUCGGUCAUGAACACGAUCAUCCUCGUGGCCGUCGUGUCGGUCGGCAACUCGUCCGUCUUCGGCUCGUCGCGCACGCUGGCCGCACUGGCUGACCAGGGCCAGGCGCCGCGCAUCCUCGCCUAUAUUGACCGGCGAGGCCGCCCGCUCGUGUCCAUCGGCGUGGCCUCGUGCUUCGGCCUGCUUGCCUACCUCGCCGAUGUCGACGCCGAGUCCGACGUGCUCAACUGGCUGCUCGCCAUCUCCGCCCUCAGCACCAUCUUCACCUGGGCUAGCAUCUGCGUCAGCCACAUCCGCUUCCGCCGCGCCUGGAAGCUGCGCGGCCGCGAACUCUCCGAGCUCGCCUUUCGCUCCCAACCCGGUGUCCUCGGCUCUUGGCUCGGCCUCGGCUGCAACCUCAUCAUCCUCAUCGCCCAGUUCUGGGUCGGCGGCUGGCCCGUCGGCUACCACCAGAACACCACCGCCGCCAACGUCCAGAAUUUUUUCCUCCAGUACCUCGCCGUCCCCAUCGUCCUCAUCAUGUGGCUCGGCCACAAGCUCUACUUUCGCACCUCUUACGUCCGGCUCGAGACCAUGGACAUCGAUACCGGCCGUCGGGACUUUAAUCUCCCCGUGCUCUCUGCCCAGGAGGAGGAGGAGCGUUACUACUGGCCCCGCUGGAAGAAGCUGUACAAAUUCUUUUGCUAA